GAGGGCUGCGGGCGGCAGGGACGGAGGCAGCGGCAGCGGCAGGGGCUUAGCGGCGCGGCGCCGGGACCGGGACAGGCUGGCCUCCCUCCUCCUCCUCUUCCUCCUGGGAGCCCUAUGGCCCCUUCCCUCGGGCCCUGGGCUCUCGCCUUGCCUGGGCUGCUGAAACUCUUGGGCUCCCCCGAGGCGCCUGCAUCCUGCUCAUCAUGCCGGGAGCUGGCUCUGCUGGCCGCUCCGCUCGCCCUGGCUGCUCCCUCUCGGUCGUAGCCGCUGUCCGGAGCUGGCUGGGGCCCCCGGGAUGCUAAGGGCCCCCGCUCCGCCUGAGGAGGAGGAGGAAGACGGGGGGGAGCCCCGCUGAGGUCGCCCCGCGCUCGGAAGAAGAAGAGGAGCCGGGAGGGGGGCGCCUGCCGCCGCCGCCUCCGCCGCUGCGAUGGUGGCGGGGGGCGAGGGCUCGGGCUCGUGCUGGACGCUGGGCGACUGCCUGGCCUGGCUGCUCCUGCCGGGGAUGCUGCUCCUGGGCGCCCGCCCGGCCAAGCUGGCCGCCGCCUUCCCCACCUCCCUCAGCGACUGCCAGACGCCCACCGGAUGGAACUGCUCCGGUUAUGAUGACAGAGAAAAUGAUCUCUUUCUCUGUGACACCAAUACCUGUAAAUUCGAUGGGGAGUGCUUAAGAAUCGGAGACACCGUGACUUGCGUCUGUCAGUUCAAGUGUAACAGCGACUACGUGCCUGUGUGUGGCUCCAACGGCGAUACUUAUCAGAAUGAAUGCUACUUGAGACAGGCUGCCUGCAAACAACAAAGUGAAAUACUUGUGGUAUCAGAAGGAUCAUGUGCCACUGAUGCAGGCUCUGGAUCUGGAGAUGGAGGCAGUGAAGGUUCUGGAGAAACUGUUCAAAAAGAAACCUCCACAUGUGACAUUUGUCAGUUUGGGGCAGAGUGUGAUGAAGAUGCAGAGGAUGUCUGGUGCGUGUGUAACAUUGACUGUUCUCAAACCAACUUCAAUCCUCUCUGUGCUUCCGAUGGGAAAUCUUAUGAUAAUGCAUGUCAGAUCAAAGAAGCAUCAUGCCAGAAACAGGAGAAAAUUGAAGUCAUGUCUUUGGGCCGAUGUCAAGAUAAUACAACUACCACUACAAAGUCAGAAGACGGACAUUAUGCAAGAACAGAUUAUGCAGAGAAUGCAAACAAACUAGAAGAAAGUGCCAGAGGGAUCUACAUUCCUUGUCCAGAACACUAUAAUGGUUUCUGCAUGCAUGGAAAAUGUGAACACUCGGCUAAUAUGCUGGAACCAUCUUGCAGGUGUGAUGCAGGCUACACUGGACAACACUGUGAAAAGAAAGACUAUAGUGUUUUAUAUGUGGUUCCAGGCCCUGUACGAUUUCAGUAUGUCUUAAUAGCAGCAGUGAUUGGGACUAUCCAGAUCGCUAUCAUCUGCGUUGUGGUCCUCUGCAUUACAAGGAAAUGUCCCAGGAGCAACCGAAUCCACAGGCAGAAGCAAAACACAGGACACUACAGUUCAGACAACACAACCAGAGCAUCAACCAGGUUAAUUUAAAAGAGCGCAUGUUUCCACAAUGGCAAAAGCAAGCUGCAGAGAGCUUGGACUUUACAAAAAUACAGUAUUAUAGACAAAAGAUCUACACAUGUUGCCUUGCAUUUGUGGUAAUCUACACCAAUGAAAAAACAUGUAC